GACGUAGAUCUACUAGUACUAGUAGUAGGUGUCGCACUUCACGAUCGAUCGUCCUUCGUCCAUUACUUUGUUUUCAUCUCUUUCAAGUCUUUGUCCCUGGUCGCUUACAAUUAUUCUAUAGUGCCAGUGGUCGGCGGUACGCGAGUUGCUGGAAUGGCCGCUGAGGAGAAUGCGGUGUUCACCGCUUUGGGCUUGAACCAGGCUGAAGUGCCCUAUCUGGGUACAUUGGACGUGAAUGAAACAGAGGAUGAGUUGGGUCGAGGCUCAUUUGCUGUGGUGUACAAGUCCAAAUGGUGUGGAUUGAAGGUGGCCGCAAAGGCACUUCAUUCUAUCCUGAUUGAUCGAAGAAACCAAGGACGCGACGUCGUACUGCAUGAUUUUGGAGCAGAGAUUGCACGCAUGGCACGUCUUCGCCACCCACAUCUGUGUCCCAUUUUCGGCGUGGGCAUGGUCGGAACAACUCCAGCCAUUGUGGUGGAAUUGAUGUCCGACACACUGGAAACAAUGAGCGUUGGUGCACGCAGACAGGACUUGCUUCAGCUGAUGCGCUACAUCGAACACACUGCUGCAGGCCUUCGCUACUUGCACUCCAUCCCGAUGGUGCAUCGCGACUUGAAGCCAAGCAAUGUCCUCGUUGCCAAUAGUGUGGCCAAAAUCACGGAUUUCGGCGUCUCCAAGCUACUGCCUAGCGUUGCCGAUCAGUUCCGUGAAGCCGCUCAGUCCAUGACCCGACAGCCUGGUACACCGUUAUUCAUGCCGCCAGAGGCGUUGCAAGAGACGGAAUCUGGCCGAGCAAGGUACGAUCUUUCGCUUGACGUCUUUUCGUUCGGAGUGACGGCAAUGAGCGUGCUGAGCGGUGUGAUGCCCUCCAUUGAGCUCAUGUUCGCACCAAGAUCGCGCCAGGCAGCUGACGGCAGCCACGUCGCUAUACCCGAGCUGGAGCGGCGACGCGCGGAGUUUGCUCGCAUCCCUGACGGCCACCCGCUGAAGGACCUGCUGAGACGCUGUCUUGCUGACCCACCGGCCCGUCGACCAGAUGCAGAGGAGAUUCACGAAUUCGUCCAGGGUGUUGUUCAGUUCUUGUCCUCAUUGCCGCAGACUGCAUCUCCACUGGAAGAAUCUCUGGGUGCUUCUGCAGGCAUCGUUACCACUAUACUCGACACUGUGAGAAGUGUGUCAACUGCCGUACGGGAUCUCUCCACAUCUCAGCAGCAACUAGGCACCAGGUUGGAUAAUCUCCAGCAGGAGGUCUCGGCUGAAGCUCGCACAACCAACGACAAGAUGGAUGAAAUACAACUGGAAGCCCGGACUGCCUAUGAACAAGUGGCACAGCUGAGCGACACAAUGGCGAGAGGUGAACAAGAUACAACUGCAGCAUGUGAACGCAUAGUGGAAAUGCAAAACCAGACCAACACAACUGUCCGCCAACUACAGGAGCAAAGUGCUACAACCUCCACAAGCAUUGGACAACUACUGGAGCAAAGUGCUACAAGUACCACCAAUAUUGGUCAACUGCAACAGCACCAGCAAGACACUAGUGAUAAGCUUUCACGUGUCUCAGCAGCUGUUACCACCAUUCAACAAGGUGAACAAGAUACAACUGCAGCAUGUGAACGCAUAGUGGAAAUGCAAAACCAGACCAACACAACUGUCCAUCAACUACAGGAGCAAAGUGCUACAACCUCAACAAGCAUUGUACAACUACUGGAGCAAAAUGCUACAAGUACCGCAAGCAUUGGACAACUACAGGAGCAAAGUGCUACAACCUCCACAAGCAUUGGACAACUACUGGAGCAGCAGCAAGACACUAGUGAUAAGGUUUCACGUGUCUCAGCAGCUGUUACCACUAUUCAACAAGUUCAAUCUGACAUGCGAAGUGACUUGGAUGGAAAAAUUGGUGAUGUGCAGUCUUCAGUUACUGCUGUAUCAGCUACCAUGGAAGGACCUCUCAGGGUUGCAACACAAAAUCACUAUAGGUCUAUUCAUGAUACGUCUACAUCAUUUGGUAGCAAUGGUAAUGGCAGGGUGCAGUUCAAGGAUCCACGUGGUAUCACAAUCAGCAAAGAUGGAAAGGUCUUUAUUGCUGAUACUUACAAUCAUCGGGUGAAGGUCACCACACUGGAUGGUACAUACAUACGUGAUAUAGGCAAACUGGGCAGUGGUAAUGCUGAAUUCAAGAACCCCACUGAUGUAGCUGUGGAUGACGAUGGUGAUCUUGUGGUGGUUGACAGGGACAAUAAGAGACUGCAGGUCCUACAUCAGGAUGGGUCUUACGUGAAAACGAUUGAUAACGGUGCUAUCGGUAGCCCGUAUGGUGUUGCAGCACUGUCUCUGCCCCAGCAUGGUAUUUGGUAUGCUGUAACCGAUAUCAAUCACAGUUGUGUGAGAGUGUUUGAGAAAGGAGGAAGGCAGUUGAACAAGUUUGGUACUGCAGGAAGUGGACCAGGACAGUUCAACUGCCCAUGGGGUAUUAUCUCGUCCAACGGCAGGUUGCUGGUUGUGGAUCAGGACAAUCACCGGAUCCAGGUUUUCACUACUGAUGGAAACUUCAUUACCAUGUUCGGAUCACACGGAGAGUCAGAUGGUCAGUUCAAGUUCCCUGACCACAUUGCCGAGGAUAGGCAUGGGCACCUCCUUGUCACUGAUCAUCUCAACCACCGUGUUCAAGUGUUCACUUCUGACACAUUCUCUCACGUGGCUACCUUCGGUUCAAGCAGUUGUCUUUCUGUUCCGCAAGGCAUUGCAGUAUCACCCAGUGGUACUGUGUAUGUUUGUGACUGGGACAAACACUGUAUCACAAUGUUCUAACUUUUGUCCUGGAGCAUCUUGUUUCUUGUUCUACACUAGUGUUUCUCACUGCUGUGAAACAUGAACAGGACCAGUAUUAGCAGUUUUGUUUGCUCAGGAUUUACUUAAGUAUUUCAGAUUUUUUGUGUGACACAUCGAGUAUGCAUAACCUUCCCAGUAGCAAAUAUGCAUUGGGCAGGCCAACAGUAGAUCCAGCCAAGUCCUUACCCACUGGAACAGUUCCAACAUGCCUUAAGAUGGUGAGCAUUGCCAAUUACUUUUUAUCAUACUUGCAUGCUUGAAUGUGUGCUUGCAUAAGUGUGUAUGUGUGUGUGUGUGUGCAUUUGUUUGUGUGUGUGCGUGUGUGUGUAUGUGCGUAUGUGUGUAUGUGUGUGUGUUUGUGUGUGUGUAUGUGUGUGUAUGUGUGCGUGUGUAUGUUUGUGUAUGCGUGUGUGUAUGCAUGCAUUUGCUUAUGAACUCCUGCACUGAGUUGUAUAUCUACAUUGUACUUGGAUCACUCUCAUUGUUACAAUCCUAUUCUCGAUGUGCAGAGGAUGAUUCUAUUGAUUGUGUUGGCUGCGUGCUCUUUUUCCUUUCUCUGAAAAUCUAUUGCAUUUUAGCAAAAUGUCUCUCUACUAAGUGUCGCAAUACGUCAUAGAGUUUUUUAUGUGACUUUUGAUUACAAUGAAGAAUGUGCAGAAUGUCUGAGGCUCUGUUUUCUUUCGAUCCUGUUUUGUGGUGUUUUGUGUUAGCAUCUUUAUUUUAGAAAUGUUUGAAAACGUUUAAAAAUCCUGCUGCUCACCCUUGUUUGAUCUGAAGAGAUGCAGUAUUGUUAGUUGUCUGAUGAUUGCCUAUGGAGUAUGGCCAUGAAACUCUUUGUUAUAACGAUGA